UGGAACUUGAGAAUGGAAAGUCACAAACCUCUGGGUUUUUGAAAGGCUCCUGGGGACCUGGUGCACAUCCGUGGACACUGGAUGGAGAGAUUUGGGGAAGCAUGGAUUCUUUAGCCCGUCUAGUUCUCUGUGGAGUCAGCUUGCUCCUUUCUGGAACAGUGGAAGGCGCCAUGGACCUGAUCUUGAUCAAUUCCCUGCCUCUUGUAUCUGAUGCUGAAACAUCCCUCACCUGCAUUGCUUCUGGAUGGCACCCCCAUGAGCCCAUCACUAUAGGAAGAGACUUUGAAGCCUUGAUGAACCAACAUCAGGAUCCACUGGAAGUUACUCAAGAUGUGACCAGGGAGUGGGCUAAGAAAGUCGUUUGGAAGAGAGAAAAGGCCAGUAAGAUCAAUGGUGCUUAUUUCUGUGAAGGGCGAGUUCGAGGAGAGGCAAUAAGGAUACGAACCAUGAAGAUGAGGCAACAAGCUUCCUUCCUACCAGCUACCUUAACUAUGACUGUGGACAAGGGAGAUACUGUGAAUAUAUCUUUCAAAAAGGUAUUGAUUAAAGAAGAAGAUGCAGUGAUCUACAAGAAUGGUUCCUUUAUCCAUUCGGUGCCCCGGCAUGAAGUACCCGAUAUUUUAGAAGUGCACCUGCCUCAUGCUCAGCCCCAGGAUGCUGGAGUGUACUCGGCCAGGUACAUAGGAGGAAACCUCUUCACUUCGGCCUUCACCAGGCUGAUAGUCCGGAGAUGCGAGGCUCAGAAGUGGGGACCUGACUGUAACCGCCUCUGUACUGCUUGCAUGAACAAUGGUGUCUGCCAUGAAGAUACUGGAGAAUGCAUUUGCCCCCCUGGCUUUAUGGGGAGGACAUGUGAGAAGGCUUGCGAACUGCACACAUUUGGCAGGACUUGUAAAGAAAGGUGUAGCGGACCAGAGGGAUGCAAGUCCUAUGUGUUCUGUCUCCCGGACCCCUAUGGAUGCUCCUGUGCCACAGGCUGGAAGGGUCUGCAGUGCAAUGAAGCAUGCCACCCUGGUUAUUACGGGCCAGAUUGUAAGCUGAGGUGCAGUUGCAACAAUGGGGAGGUGUGUGAUCGGUUCCAGGGAUGCCUCUGCUCUCCGGGAUGGCAAGGGCUCCAGUGUGAGAGAGAAGGCAUGCCAAGGAUGACCCCAAAGAUCGAGGAUUUGCCAGAUCACAUAGAAGUAAACACUGGUAAAUUUAACCCCAUCUGCAAAGCCUCUGGCUGGCCGCUUCCUGCUAAUGAAGAAAUGACCCUGGUGAAGCCAGAUGGGACAGUGCUGCAUCCAAAAGACUUCAACCAUACGGAUCAUUUCUCAGUAGCCAUAUUCACCAUCCACCGGAUCCUACCCCUUGACUCGGGAGUUUGGGUCUGCAGUGUUAACACAGUGGCUGGGAUGGUGGAGAAGCCUUUCAAUAUUUCAGUGAAAGUUCUUCCAAAGCCUCUGAAUGCCCCAAACGUGAUCGACACUGGACAUAACUUUGCAGUCAUCAACAUCAGCUCUGAGCCUUAUUUUGGGGAUGGACCCAUUAAAUCCAAGAAGCUUCUGUACAAACCUGUUAAUGAUUAUGAAGCUUGGCGUCAUAUUCAAGUGACAAAUGAGAUCGUUACACUCAACUACCUGGAACCACGAACAGAAUACGAGCUCUGUGUGCAGCUGAUCCGUCGUGGAGAGGGCGGAGAAGGGCAUCCCGGACCCGUGAGACGCUUCACCACAGCCUCUAUCGGACUCCCUCCUCCACAAGGUCUCAUCCUCCUACCCAAAAGUCAGACCACUCUAAAUCUGACCUGGCAACCAAUAUUUCCAAGCUCUGAGGAUGACUUUUACGUUGAAGUGGAGAGGAGAUCUGUGCAAAUAAAAAGUGAUCAGCAGAAUAUUAAAGUGCCAGGCAACUUGACUUCAGUGCUGCUUAACAAUUUACACCCUCGGGAGCAGUAUGUGGUCCGAGCCAGAGUCAACACUAAGGCCCAGGGGGAAUGGAGUGAAGAUCUCACUGCCUGGACCCUUAGCGACAUUGUCCCUCCUCAACCAGAAAACAUCAAGAUCUCCAACAUCACUGACUCCUCAGCUGUGAUAUCUUGGACAAUAUUGGAUGGCUAUUCUAUUUCUUCUAUUAUCAUCCGUUACAAGGUUCAAGGCAAGAAUGAAGACCAGCACAUUGAUGUGAAGAUCAAAAAUGCCACCAUCACUCAGUAUCAGCUCAAGGGCCUUGAGCCUGAAACGGCCUACCAGGUGGACAUGUUUGCAGAGAACAACAUAGGUUCAAGUAACCCAGCCUUUUCUCAUGAACUGAUGACACUCCCAGAAUCUCAAGCACCAGCUGACCUUGGAGGCGGGAAGAUGCUGCUUAUUGCCAUCCUUGGCUCUGCUGGAAUGACCUGCCUGACAGUGCUGCUGGCCUUUCUGAUCAUGUUGCAACUGAAGAGGGCCAACGUCCAGAGGAGGAUGGCCCAAGCCUUCCAAAACAGGGAAGAACCAGCUGUGCAGUUCAACUCAGGAACUCUGGCCCUGAACAGGAAGGCCAAGAACAACCCGGAUCCCACAAUUUAUCCAGUACUUGACUGGAAUGACAUCAAAUUCCAAGAUGUGAUUGGGGAGGGCAAUUUUGGCCAGGUUCUUAAGGCACGCAUCAAGAAGGAUGGGUUACGGAUGGAUGCUGCCAUCAAGAGAAUGAAAGAAUAUGCCUCCAAGGAUGAUCACAGGGACUUUGCAGGGGAACUGGAGGUUCUUUGUAAACUCGGACACCAUCCGAACAUCAUCAAUCUCUUGGGAGCAUGUGAACAUCGAGGCUACCUGUACCUGGCCAUCGAGUACGCGCCCCACGGAAACCUCUUGGACUUCUUGCGGAAGAGCCGUGUGCUGGAGACUGACCCGGCCUUUGCCAUCGCCAACAGCACAGCUUCCACGCUGUCCUCCCAACAGCUUCUGCAUUUUGCUGCAGAUGUGGCCCGCGGUAUGGACUACCUGAGCCAGAAACAGUUUAUUCACAGGGAUCUGGCUGCCAGGAACAUUUUAGUUGGUGAAAAUUAUGUAGCCAAAAUCGCAGAUUUUGGAUUGUCCCGAGGUCAAGAAGUAUAUGUGAAAAAGACAAUGGGAAGGCUCCCAGUGCGCUGGAUGGCGAUCGAGUCUCUGAAUUAUAGCGUGUAUACGACCAACAGUGAUGUAUGGUCCUAUGGUGUGUUACUAUGGGAGAUUGUUAGCUUGGGAGGUACCCCCUACUGUGGCAUGACUUGUGCAGAGCUCUAUGAGAAGCUACCCCAGGGCUACAGGCUGGAAAAGCCCCUGAACUGUGAUGAUGAAGUGUAUGAUCUGAUGAGACAAUGCUGGCGGGAAAAGCCUUACGAGAGGCCAUCGUUUGCCCAGAUAUUGGUGUCCUUAAAUCGGAUGCUAGAAGAACGAAAGACCUAUGUGAACACCACACUGUAUGAGAAGUUUACCUAUGCAGGAAUCGACUGCUCUGCGGAAGAGGCAGCCUAGGCAGAAGGUCAGCUGCAGCUCCUGCUUCCACUGCUGGCUUGAGAAAGGACCCUGGAGACCUCCCAAGAAAACAAGCCAGCCUCUGAGGAGAUGUGAUAUACAAGUGUAUAUAUGUUGCUGUAUGUUUGGGACUUUUACCCCAGAAACCCGGUGUGUGGAUCUCGAGGAUGCUCUAAGAGGACUGUACAUACUGUUUUGAGUAAGAAUGUGUUGAAACUGGAAUGCCUGGUUGUUUCAUAUACAAUAAUAUAUUUUUCUAAAAACAUGGACUCCGUGGGAAGGCAUGAGAGUACAAUUAUUAUAAUGCAUAACUCGUUAUUGUCCUAGAUAUUUUUGAUAUUUACCUCUAUAUUGAGUACUAUAUAAUGUUUUACUAUGUAGAAGUAAAAUGUCAAUAAACCUAACAACGACCAUGAUGACAAAGGUUAAAAAAAGAGGGAAAUACAUCAAGUCAAAUACGAUAAAGACUAAUAUUUCAGACUAAAAAGCCCAAGUGAUAUAUUACAGCUCUCUCCACCUCUUGAUUUAGAGAUCUUUAUCCCUCACCUGUAAAAGCCAGUCCAGUUUUAUUUGGUUACAUUAUGGCUCUGGCUUGUGCCUGCAGCCCACAAGUCAGCCCAGAAUGCAAACACCUGAUAUAGACUUAAUUCUCCUUUCUUAGAAACUAUUUGCAUUUCCCUCAAGGUUUUUAAACUAAUGGGAUUUUAGUUACUUUUAGUUUCUCUGGCAGUCUUGACUUGUAUUUUAAGAAAUAAUGGGAAACCUGGAGUGAUAUUUGGGAUAUAUGUGAUACUUAUAUCCAAUUAACAUCCCUACAUAUAUUGCACACUGUAAAAAUUUUAAUUCUGAUCAGUUGUGAGUUUACCAUUUGUACUGGAUGCACAUGCGUUGCACUGAGAUCUUAUAAAUAAAUGU